CGUCGGAUACAAUUUUCUUGGUCUCUUCUUCUUAGUUUCAUUCAUUCUUUCGCUGCUAGUCCAUCAUCAUUAUCAACAAUGGUUGAUGCUCUUGUUUCCAGUGUCAUGCAACAAUUGGGCACCAUCAUCCAGAAGGAGGUCGAACAAGAGGUCCGAUUGGUCGUCGGUGUGAAAAAAGAAGUCAAAAAGCUGUCCCAUACUUUCACCAAAAUCCAGGCUGUGCUCAAGGAUGCUGAAGAGAGGCAAAUCAAGGACAAUUCAGUGCGGCUUUGGCUACAAGAUCUGAAAGACGUAGCCUAUGACAUUGAUGAUGUGUUGGAUGAGUGGAGCACUGAAAUUCUCAAAUCUCAAAUAGAAGGUGUUAGCAGCAUCAGUCUGACUAAGAAGGUAUGCCCCCCUAGCAACUUGUUUUCUCCUUGCUGCUUUAGUUUCAAGAAAAUUGGUCUGCGCCAUGACAUUGGUCAUAGGAUAAAAGAGAUAAAUGAAAGGGUAGAUGAAAUUGCAACUCGGAAAGAUAAUUUUCAUUUUAUUGAAACUACUAUUUCUAGAAAUGAAAUCAUCAAAUAUGAUGAGCCAAGCGGAAGGAAUCUAGAAAGUAGCUCCAUCGUUGAUGUCUCGGAAGUAUUUGGUCGUGAUGAGGAUAAAAAUUUCAUAAUAAGCAAGUUGGUAAGCGAGGGCAGUAGUACUCAACAAGAAAUGGUUUCUGAUGAUCAAGAAGUCUCCAAAAUAAUAAUCUCUAUCGCUGGCAUGGCCGGUAUGGGCAAAACAACACUUGCCCAAUUGGUCUUCAAUGAUGAUAGGGUGAAAAACCAUUUCAACAAGAGAAUGUGGGUACAUGUGUCUAAACCUUUUGAUAAAAUGAAGGUUGCCAUGCGUAUUAUUGAAGAAAUCGGCGGUGGUGGUGGGAACAUUAAUGCCUCCCAAGGUGGUCAUCAUGAUAUUGCAUGGGAAUCUGUGCAUCGUCAACUGACUAGUUCUGUUGAAGGAAAGCAUUUCUUACUAGUGUUGGACGAUGUGUGGAAUGAGGAUCAUAGUUUGUGGUAUCCAUUGUGGCUUUCUCUCAAACGUGGUUCUCUAGGAAGUAGAAUUAUUGUAACAACUCGCAAUGAGAAUGUUGCAUCCAUGAUGGGUACCACAUAUAUACAUAAAUUAGGAGAAAUGUCCGAUGAAGGUUGUUGGGCAGCGUUGAGAUAUUAUGCCUUUCUUGGAAGGAAAAAGGAAGAGUCUAAACAAUUGAAAGAAAUUGGCAUGAAACUUGCUAACAAGUGUAAGGGAUUGCCUCUUUCGGCAAAGACUUUGGGAAGUCUUUUGCAUUUGAAAAAGUCAAAACAAGAUUGGCAAUAUAUAUUGGAAAGUGAUGUAUGGAAGCAACCAAUCUUGCCGGCUCUGUUACUAAGCUAUAACGAUUUGCCCUCUCAUUUGAAACAAUGCUUUGCAUAUUGUUCAAUCACACCGAGAGAUUAUUGCUUUGAAAAAUUAUCUACAGUCAGAGAAUGGAUCGCACAAGGCUUUCUUGGUGAUAGCCUGGCAACAGGCUGUGGGGAUUUGUUUAAAGUAGGUGAUGAGUGCUUUAAUAGUUUGGUCAUACGCUCAUUUUUUCAAAAAAACAUUAACUAUUCGAAGGGUAUCAUAGAAUAUUAUGGAAUGCAUGAUCUUGUCCACAAUUUUGCAAACUCCCUUGUAGAAAAUGAAUGCUUUACUUUUACAACUAAGGAUACUAUUGCUCAGGAAUCCAACUUUAGUAGAGCUCGUCAUUUAUCUCCAUUAACAGAAGAGAUAAGCAUGAUUCCUUCUUCCCUUUAUAAGAUGAAGAAUUUGCGCACUCUUAUAAUCUAUGGGAAAAUUCCUAUAGUUUCUUUUGAGUUAUUUGGUCACUUAACAUGUCUGAGGACACUACAUUUGGGUGAGACUUACCUUGAAGAGCUUCCAAAUGAGAUAGAGAAGUUGAUCCAUCUAAGGUACCUUAACUUGUGUGUUGCAAGGUUUAGAGAACUACCUAAAUCAGUGACUAAUUUGUACAAUUUGAGUGUAUUAUGCCUUGGUGGAUGCACGAAUCUUUGUAAACUGCCUGAAGGGAUUGGGGGAUUGGUCAAUUUGAUGGAUCUUGAUCUGACAGAAUGUUGCCAACUAAGCUACUUACCAGAAGGGAUUGGAAGAUUAAGCAGAAUGCGUCGCUUGUCAGACUUCAUUAUUGGUGGGAUGGAAAGCGGAGGUUGCAAGAUUGGAGAAUUGAAAUAUCUCAACUUCCUUAAAGAUUCUCUACGCAUAAUAGGUUUGGGGAGAGUGGAAAACGGAGAUGAAGCUAAGCUGGCAUUCUUGAAGAAUAAGCAACACCUUCGUGCUUUGUAUUUCUAUUUUAAUCAAUAUACGGGUGUCUCAAUAGUUGACGAGGAGGGCGAUGAUGAAGCACUUGACAACCAAGAAAAAGAAGAAGCAGAAGCAAAAGCAAAAGAAAAAGCUGGUGUUUCACAGGUUGAUGACGGAGGGGAUAUAUUAUCAAGGAGGAUGGAAGACGUGCUGGGAAGUCUCGAACCACAUCGAAACCUUGAGAAACUAACAAUAAAUGACUAUCUUGGUGUUGCAUUCCCUAAUUGGAUGUGUAGUCAUGCAGACUUCGUGAUUUUCUCCAAUCUAGUUUUCUUGCAACUCUAUAACUGCAGGAAUUGUAAGCGAUUGCCUCCAACUCUAGGUAAACUACCAUUCCUUGAAAUCCUUGUAAUAGGUGGAAUGGAUAAGGUGAAACUCAUGGGUGUUGAGUUUUUUGGAAUCAAUCAUGGUGUUACAAAAAGUGACUCUGGAGUUGAUGCAAUAUUCCCGAAGUUGAAAGUAUUUCAGUUGUCGGAAAUGCUGGAUUUGGAGGAGUGGAAUGUGAGGAUACGAGAAGAAGAAGGGAAAGGGUUCGUCUUUAUGCCAUGUCUCCAGUAUCUUGUUCUUGCUGUAUUGCCCAAGCUAAGUUCGUUUCUCCAACACCUUACCCAGGUUACAUCCCUGAGAAAAUUGUUCAUAUGGGAGUGUCCAAAGUUGAAUUCGAUGUCAUCAUCUCUAUCCUCCCAUCUUCCUGUUCUACACGUUGAGGAGUUGAUUUUAAAAAUGAACGCAGGUUCAUUUUCAAAGUCAUUAGUAUCAAACAACCACAUGUUCCUCCCUAAGCUCAAGUUGUUGCGUGUAAGACAAUCACCUUACUCGUCGUUACAUCAAGGCUUAGGGCAACUCACAACACUUGAGAUUCUAGAUAUCCGAACCUGUUCUAAGAUCAAGUCAAUACCUGAGGAGGAGUUGGAGCAUCUCACCGCACUCCGAGAGUUGAGGAUCAUGAGGUGCCCUUCCUUGAGACAACGUUGCCGAAAGGAGGAAGGGGAAGAUUGGAGAAAGAUAUCGCACAUCCCAAACAUCUUCUUCGAUGACGAGAAGAUCAAAUGAGGAGACAUUUCCACAAUAAGAGGCCAUGGAGGAAAGUUAGUUAUUUGAGGUUCAAGAAACCAGAGAGCCUUGAAUGUUCAAUACCUAAUUUUGGACGGAAACGAACCCAACCUACUCCUAGUUAGGAUUUCAGGUUGAGCAGUAAUCUUGCGUUCAACACUGGCAGAUCGAGGAGUCUGAGAAUGUCAGAAAAAUUCUAUGUUCUUGAGCUCAAGAGAGAUUUUCGCCCGCCUUUGUUGCAGAGCAUCAAUGUCAAUUGCCACACAUAGGGCCUUCUCCAUGCUGGUGUGUUGACUCGAUCUAGUGGAGGAGCAAGGAUGAUUUGGCAGAGGAAAUAGCUCAUUUUCCACAUGAAUCAUUAAAUUGUGGCUGAUCAACCCACAUUAACCAAAGGGAUUUGACGCUCAGGAUACUAGAGAACUUGAAUGCUUGAUACCUAAUGCUUGAGCUGGUGUAGGAUGGAAACAAACACGGCCUGCCUCUGUCACCACCAGUUCACCACCAAGAGCAUGGAAGAGCAUCCAAUCCAAUGAUGUGUGUUCUUGGCAGACUCUGCGCUGUUAAGAAGCUGAAGUUAGAGGUUUGUUUUAUAAGGUUUUGAGAUACUGGCCAAAUGCGAGAGAGACUUCCUACUGCAUUCAACGAUCUGGAGAUCCAGAGACUCAGAUUUACAAAACCAAUCCAAGUGAGAUCUCAAUGGCAUGUCUUGUAAGAAGAUCCCAUAAUUUACAGAAAUUCCAGAUCAAUCAUCUAUUACCAAGCCGUUUUUGGAUUUCCUCAAUCUCAAGGCCCUCAAUUUCGGUGAUGAAAGCAAGAUUGAUUUGAAACUGUGAAAUGUGAAAUUUCAAUUCAUCAAGCUGAUACUUGACAAUUCACCAGACCUUGAAGAUAUUGACAAUGCAACAAGUAAAGGGUAUAUUGCUAUUUCAAGGAGCCUCAGCAGCCAAAAUCGUUUAUAUGCCUCUGUCAAAAUUCAAGGUUUGAUAAAUCUUCAUACAUCUUUCUGGAACAUGGUUGAGUUUCUGUGUUAUUUUCCAUUUUACCAUAUGGUCAUGAUCGAUUUCUUUGGUGGGAAACCACUUGCAGACUGCUCAUAUUUGUUGCAUUCAUAGUUGAUUCCAUUCAAGCUAUAGAUUCACAUUUCAUAAUUCAUAGUAUGAAUAGUGAAUUUAGGUGCUUGAUUAAUAUUGAAUUCAUCAUUUUUUACCUGGAUUCUUCAAGGUUGGGUGGCAAUUAUCCAAUUUCACAAGGAUGGCUUGCCAUAUUCAUACACUUCAGCGGCAAGAUACAUAUUAACAAGCUUUCAAGACUCUUCUUUAAUCAGGUUCAUUUGUCUGUUAAGAUUAGGUUUCUUCUGCAAUCAUCGAGUGGGAUUUGAUUCUGAUCUUCUGUUUCAGCAUCUUCAUCAUCACAUGAAUCCACAUCAAUAUCGGCGAAACUGGCAAGUGGCUGAGGAAACCCAAUCAUCACUUCUGCGCCUUCCCAUCUUCAACUGAAGCAGAACACAGAUGUUGGAGGAGGCCGACGAGGUCCAAUCAUGGCUCUAUCAUCCUCUCGAAGCUGGGCAUUAUUCGGGAAUCGACAUUUCAAUCAGUGGAGUCAGGUUUCUCACCACCAAAAGCAGCCUCAUCUUCUGUUAGCUCUGGCGACGAUUCCUUAAGCUAGAACUUGCUUACAUUUUUACACUAGCUAGAAACUGGGUCUUGACUCUGACUGCAUAGAAGCACAUCAUAUACUUUUCGAAUAAGUUCAAUGAAAACAACCCUUGAAUGAUUUGCCAA